CCUUAGUCUUUUUCCUUUCAGGAAACACAUCCUGUUCACAUCUGACUGCUGUGGCAGUGGCUCUGUUUGUUGCAGCCGGCUACGCCCUGAGGCUCACCAAAAACAGCCACAAAAACAACCAUUUCCUCUCCAUUGAGAGAUAGGAGGAAAAAACUUCCUUGCAGCAGAGGUUCUGCUAUCCUGCUUCUACCUCACACAGCCCUGACAUUCGAAGAAGAACAGGGGCAGCAGAGCAGAUUUCCUUGGAAUACACCAGCUUUCCAGGGCUCCUUGGGGAAUAAGUGUUGAAUUUUUCCUCAGAAUUUCUCUUGGUGUUAAGAAUGAAUUUCUACUGCGUCUGUGGGAUGCUCUGAGUUUGGGGCAGCUGUGAAACGAUUUAAGAGCUCUUGCUGCCUAACUCCUAUGCAGAUCUUAGUCUCCUCUCACAGCUGUGUUCCAGAAGGUUGAGGCACCGUUUGCAGGCAUUUUAGCCUCUACUGUCCAAGAACGCAGCACUUCCUACAUCAACAUUUCGCAAGUUGGUUCCAGAAAGAAUGCACCUCAUCUUUCAGCUCUUCACCAGCUUGGCUCUGCUCAAAGUGCAGGAAGGUGGAUAAGGCACCGCUUGGGAAGACAGAACUCUGGAAGCCUCGCUUCUGCUUGUUAUAUGGAUUGCCCCUCUCUGCCUAGUCGCUCUUUGUGCAAUCAGAAACCCCCCAGGAGCUGACUUUGAGAAUGAAUGGUGAUGUUCUCUAGCCAUUCAUAACUUCAUCCUGCGCCUGCCUCCCAUCUGCAGCCCCAAUUAAAUGUACUGCAGCUGAUCGGGACUCUUGGAUCUUCUACAAAGAGAGGCUGCCAGCGGUUGAUGACAGUCAGAUAUGACUGUCCAGAAGCUGGUAGCCACAGCUGUGUUGGUAGCUCUGGUCUCACUUAUUCUCAACAACGCCGCUGCCUUUACCCCCAACUGGGUGUAUCAGACCUUGGAGGAUGGGCGAAAGCGCAGUGUGGGGCUGUGGAAGAUGUGCUGGCUGGCAGAGAAGGGAAGAGGAGGUGCAGGCUCAGGUGCCAGGCAUGGGCAAGGGGCAGAGCGUGAAUGUGAAUCCUUGGGCUGGGGUUCGGAGCCAGCUGGGUUCCAGGAAUCUCGUAGCACUGUCAAACUGCAGUUUGACAUGAUGCGAGCCUGUAACAUGAUUGCCACGGUGGCUCUGACAGCUGGCCAGCUCCUCUUUGUGUUGGGAUUGGUAGAACUGCCCAUUAUCUCCCAGGAUACCCAGUGGUGGGAAGAAGCCAUAGCUGCGGUGUUUCAGCUUGCCAGUUUCGUUCUGGUCAUUGGGUUGGUGACCUUCUAUCGUAUUGGACCCUAUACCAGCCUGUCCUGGUCUUGCUACCUGAACAUUGGGGCUUGUCUUCUGGCCACACUGGCUGCUGCCAUUCUCAUAUGGAACAUCCUUCACCGACGGGAGGACUGCAUGGCACCCAGAGUCAUCGUUAUCAGUCGUACCCUGACUGCUCGCUUUCGACGUGGGCUGGAGAAUGACUAUGUUGAGUCACCAUGUUGAGAAUAUGUGGGUAAAAGGGGCAGACUCUUCAGAGAAGACGACAUACAAAAUGGACUGCUUUCUAUGAAAUAUGCCAUGUAAUUUAAACAUUGAAGGAAAUCACUAAGUUCACUUUUCAAUUAAAGAAGCCCAACAUUA